AUGGCAGCUCCACUACCCAAGAAGGCUCUCUCAGGCCACUGCUCCGUCGUUGACAACAACACUCUAUACGUCCUGUCGCCCGACUCGUUCCAGGCUCUACCGCUGGUUGAGAAUGCCACAUGGACCUCAAUGGAUAUGGGCAAACCCGUUGCUGGCCACUCAUGCCUCCGCGCAGUACCCAAUGGAGACGAGUCACAAGCUGCACUAUACGUAGUCGGCGGCACAUCAGAUGACGACUCAUAUGGAGGACUACAGCGUUAUACAUUCUCCAACAAGUCUUGGGAGACACUCGACCUGCCCACAGAAGAUAUGAAGGGACGUACAAAUCAUGGUGUAGCAUAUCUGAACGACUCGUCGUCCAUCCUUGUAUAUGCCGGUUCACGAAUCGGUGCCGACUUGUCGUCGCAAACUUUUGUCAUCUCAACUGAACAACCCUUCAACAUUGAAUCAUUUACCUCGCAAGCUCCUACCGUCUCGGAUCCUAUCCUACUACCGUGGGACGACAGCUCCGCUGUUCUCGCAGGAGGCUCUCAAACUAACACUGCCAUCUGGACUUUCAGCAAGAGUAGCAGUUGGACCAGACUGGACACUAACCUCACCUCAGCACUGCCCGAUGGCGCAAGAGGCGCACUGCUGACUGGUAGCGAUGGUAGCAAGGUUCUCACAGUUUACGACGCGAACGCUACACCGAAUGAGGUUACACAGCUUGUAUUGUUAGGUGCCAAUGGUCAGCCCGCGAGCACCGGUCAGACUGUUGGUAAUGAAACCACCAAAUCAUCUUCGAACAAACGUAAGCGCGACUUGACCCUGGAUGACUGGCCCGCAUACAACAGUAGUUCAGCGCCAUCGGUGAAGAGAUCGGAUUACUCAGUCGCACAAAACGACCAAGGUACUCUUGCUGUUAUCAGCGGAGGAAACGACGACACUCCUGUCAAUGUCUUCAACCAAACCAGCAACUCAUGGGUCGACAACCAGGUCUUGUUUGGUGGUCAAGUGCCUUUGGCCACAACAUCAGCCUCGAGCUCAUCUGCCCUUCCUACUUCGACUGGUGCGCAUGCCUCAGCGACAUCAUCUGCUGACGCGAAACCCAAAGACCACCACGACUCUGGCGCCCACACACGCAAGGUCCUCGGCAUCACGUUGGGUCUUCUGCUUGGUCUUCUCGCGGUACUGGUCAUUGCACUUCUCCUUGUAAGACGUCACAAGCAAAAGAAGAUGAAGACUCCAGGUGGCGACGAGAAGGCGGAUAGAAUGAGUUUCCAGGACAGAGGUGCUUCUUUCAUGAAAGAGGCUGGUGGCACAGUGAGCGAAGCUCCACCACAGUUGCCCAAGCCCGUCAUCGGUUCACACGAUCCUCGCAGCUCGUUCGCUAUCCUGGCCGGAAAGCUUGGAGCCGAUCGUUUCAGCCAACGUUUCAGCAAGUACAGUGCAUCUGAAAAGACACCGGUGAAUAGCAGCACCAACCCAUAUGCCGACUUGCAAUCUCCCAAGGCUGCAUAUGGCCACCAGGCUAACGACUCAUCAAGCUCAUUGGCCAUCAUUUCUGGCAAGUACGGAAACAAGCACAGCAGAAGCAAUGGCGAGAAGGGCAGUUUUGAGAGCACAGCCAAACUCGUGCGAUCACCCACCAGUCCGGGAAGCUUCGACGAUCACAUGGAAAUGGAGUCUUUGGAUGGCCAGACGCCCAAGUUGGCCUCUGCUCGUGGUCCUCCACCUGCAAUGUCGUCCCUUAGAGUUGUGCAAAACCAGAACAGAGACGAAGAUAUGCAGACCAAGCGCAGCUCUGGCUGGUCAAGGUACUUUGCAAACCAGACCGAUGGUGGCGCAUAUGACCCUGCUGCACAGAGCUCGCCGAGCAUGAAUUCAUCGGUCACUGCGUCGCCCAACUUGAGUGUUUCUGACUACACACCGUCGCUUCGUAACCCCUCUGCCAUGGUGGCACCUCUUGAUGUAGAGCCUAAGGUGCACUUACAUCCAGCAGAUGCCGCCCAGCACCGCCUAUCUGCUGUAGGUAUGGGUAGACCCAGCUUCAGUCACAGCGUUGAGGACUUCUCUGCUAGAGGUGCCAGCUUCGACAUGGUUGAGGGUCAACGUGCCGACUUCCACACCGGUCAGAGUCUGGAGAGCCAAGGCUAUCUUGAUGGCAACCGUGAGUCGUUUGCAUCUUCUAGACGUCACUCUGGCAGUAGUAUAGCCUCCUCACAGUUCUUCGCUCACGGCGAUGAAUGGACACCAGUCCACGGUGACGCAACAAUCGCAACUGCCCACGCCACCCACACCGCUCAAGCUGUGAACAGGAAAGCACCAAACUCUCCCGCAGUGAAUGAAGUACACAUCCCUCCCUCACCCGCUGUUUCCGCCUCCGCCUUCCCCCGCCCUCCAUCAAGUACCUACACCGCAGAUGUGGAUCGUGACAGCCGCAUGCACGGCUUUGAAGCACCNAAUGUGCUUGGCCGCGCUUUGAGUCCUCCAGCCGCAGUCGCCAUUCCUGGACCCGCCGCACGCGGCAACAGCGGCGGCGGUUUCUUCCCUGGCAGCGGCACACGCGCCAUGCACGACCGUCCCAACCCCGCCCUCGCCGGCCAAGCCCGCAAACUCGGUGCUCUGCACCCAGGCACCCUCGCCGCUCUACGUUUCACACCCGACCGCGAAGCACCCAAGCCNCCCGCACAAGCCGGUCUCGGCAUCCACGCUCCCGCCGACGAGGCAAACAGAGAUUCCUCUGCUACCAUCUGGCCUUCAGCUACUGAAGCCAUGACACAACGAGACCGCGAAGAAGCGUUUAGACAACGACUUCAGGCUGAGCGACAGAUGAAGCUGCAGCAGGACGCAGCACCCAGGAAAACACAAGCUAGUGAUAUCAGUUGGGUGGAUAUUGGACAGGACUAG